GCCUUUCCCUGAACAAACACAAUAGUGUGCAAACAGGGAUUUGUACUUUGGAGUGAUGGUCCAGUGUGUGUCCGUCUGGGUGGCACAGAGGUUUAAAAUGGCACUAGUGUCUUGGUGUUUACUGUUUUUGUGCUUUCAGCUGGGCGCCGGAGCCCCUGCUCCGGCUGCAGACCAAGUGUUUCUCUCCGGCCAGACAGCCGGCAGCGUCCUUCAGAGACACAAACGUUAUAACAAUGGUCUGUUUGAGGAGCUGCUGCAGGGGAACCUGGAGAGAGAGUGUAAGGAGGAAGUGUGUGACCUGGAAGAAGCCAGGGAGACCUUUGAGAACGAUGAAAAGACGAUGGAGUUCUGGGCAGGAUACAUAGAUGGAAAUCAGUGCGCGUCAAGCCCAUGUCUGAACCAGGGGUCAUGUAAAGACCACCUUGGCUACUACACCUGUACCUGUGUGCCUGGCUUCACCGGCAGAACUUGCGAGAUUGUCAUAGCAAAAAGAUGUGAUGUGGACAACGGCCAUUGUAUGCACUUCUGUGACUCGAUGGGAACCUUUGGAGCAAAAUGCUCCUGUGCGAUGGGAUACAGGCUGUUGUCGGAUGGCGUCACUUGUGAAGCGGAAGUUGAUUUCCCGUGUGGCAGAACCGCCUUGGCAGAAGGGAGAAAAGCUUUCACAAGGUCAAUGUUGGACUAUGAGAAUGCUAGCCUGGAGAACAUGACAUCACUGCCCUCAGACAUGGCAUCUACCACGCCCUAUCCCUCAACUCCUGCCAGCACCACAGAGCCUUCCCACACCACAGAGUACUAUGUAAGAAGACCAUCUCGAAAGAAACUGCCCCUGUGGGUGUUCCAAACAACUGAAGCCCCACCUGUAGAUUCGCGAAAACGCAUUGUUGGCGGUAACAUGGUCGUUCCAGGAGAGAUCCCGUGGCAGGUAGCCUUGAUUGCGCAAUCCAGAGGUCACUUGUUCUGCGGGGGCUCGAUUCUUAGCGAACUUUGGGUUAUCACUGCUGCUCAUUGCCUGGUGGAGGCGCAAGGCCCCUUCUUCGUCAGAGUGGGGGAGCACAACAUCCACAUCAAAGAGGGCACGGAGCAGGAUUAUGAGGUGCUGGAGAAGCACAUGCACCCACGCUACAACGCAAGCCAGAGCUUGUACAACCACGACAUUGCCCUGCUGUAUCUCAAAAAGCCCAUUAGCUUCUCGACAACGGUGCGGCCAAUUUGCAUAGGGCCCAUGGCUUUCACUGAGGCCUUAGUGAAGGACGCCUCCCCGGCCAUGGUCAGCGGCUGGGGCCGGACGCGCUACCAAGGAUCAACGGCCAACUCGCUGCAGAAGGUCGAGGUUCCCUUCACGGACCGUACAGAGUGUAUGCGCAGUAGCAGUGCACAGAUCACUCCCGUCAUGUUUUGUGCGGGAUACUAUGACGAGGCCAAAGACGCCUGUCAGGGCGACAGCGGAGGGCCUCACGCGAACAGCGUUCAUGACACGUGGUUCCUGACGGGCAUCGUAAGCUGGGGGGAAGAAUGUGCGAAAGAAGGGAAAUACGGUGUUUACACCCGAGUGUCUCUUUAUUACCGCUGGAUACAAUACAUCAUGGGGUUAACGAAACAAAGGCUGGCAGUUGAUGUCGAAGAACCCCACCCCUAAAUGGAUUUUAAACAUAUGCAUGUAUUGUAAUCAACUGAAAGUUGUAAAAAGAAAAGGGCAAUAAUAGUGUGAAAGAUGACCUACAUUUUUAACUAACAUACCUGAGCAGUAGAGCUUCUAGAUACUGUGGAAAAGAUGCGUGUGGUUAAGAAAGCAGUUAGACAAGCUGCAGACAGCUUUUUGGAAAAAAACAUAUAUAUACAUUAUGUGUAAUUUACUGACAUAAUAAAUUCCAACAUGAAAAUAAA